GUGUACUUGAUUUAGUUAGCAUUCUCAUUGAUUUCAGAAGCUUUAAUUAAUUAAUAUACUAAGAUAUAAAGAUUUGAUAUUUACAAUUUUAAGAUCAAUUUUAAACAAUCAAUCAAUAAUUCAUUGGUUUUAAUUACUACUCAUUUUAAAGUUAAAAUAAUAAAUUAAUUCAUGAGUUCAAAUAAACAAACUUAUAAAGGUAAAAAAUGGUGUGAAUAUUGUAGGACAUAAAUUAACUGGACAAAAGAAGAUAUAGCCUAUCACGAAUAAUCGAGGACACAUAAAAAAAAUGUUGAGCGCGAAAUAGAAUUCAAGAGAUAAAAAAUUAUCAGAGAGUAGGAGUAGGCAAAGAAAAUGACAGAAUUGGAUGAUUCUGCAAAAUUAAUGCAAGAAAUUGAGAAAAAAGCAUAGGAAGCCAUGUAAAAUAAUACAUCACAAAGAAAAUAGCAAAAAAUGUAAUUUGAUAAUCAAGCGCACUCUAAAAACCCUUCAAUAGGUCCAGUAUUCCCCGUUUUUUAGCUAGAAAAAGAACCUGAAUUGACUGAAGAAUAGAAAAAAGAACUUAAAAAAUAAAAAAAGAAAGAAGAACUUGGCUCUGAAUUUGGGUCUAGUUAUGAAGAAAGUGAUACUGAUGAAGAAUAAGAUAAAUAUAGAGAAGAAGAAAUAGAAUUAAAAAUGAACUAAAACAAAGCAGAAUUAGCUCAGAAAUUUGACAGAGUAUGGUAUCUCUCAAAAGAUGAAAAAACUGGCAAGCUAUUUUUUUAUAAUUAGCUAUCAGGAUAGAGAAAAUAUGAAAAGCCUAUUGGUUUGAAACUUCUAGAUGAAGAACAAAGGUUAUGGGAUGAAUACAUUCUUCAGCAAAUGGAAGAGUAAGAAAAAUUAGAACAAGCAGAAUAAGAAGCUACAAAUAAACAAAUUAGAGAAUAUAAAAAUAAAAACCUGAAAGAGGGAGAAAAUGAUUCGUAAAGUGGCUAACAAGAACAAAAAGUAGAAGAUCAAAUAAAUGAUUAAGAGGGAAUAAUAAAAAGUGAUUGGGUAGAAGUAACUGAAGAAGAUAAUUUCUUUAACAAGUAUGCUGUUAGAAAUGUUUAUGGGGAUGUUUUGAAUGAUAAUGGAAACAAUGAAGGUAAUGAAGAAGAAGAAGAGGAAGAUGAUGGAAUGGAUGAUGAUGAAGUUAAAAAAUUAGCUAAAAUAGAACUUUUAAUUGAAUAAGGAAAAAUAUAGACUCAGUAAGAAAUGAUCUAAGCUUUAUUGUAGACUAAUGAAGGGGGGAAUACAAUGAAACAAAAUGAAAAAUUAAAAAAAAUAAUCGAAAGUAAUUUAGAUAUAUAGAAUGAUACAAUGUAAAAAACAUACAAAAAAAAGAACUGGCUCGAAGAUGAAGAUAGUACAAAUGUAAACUAAUAAAAACCAGUUAAUAAUAAUUAAAAAUAAGACUAAAAAUAGGCAGAUGCUGACCAAAAGUCAUAAACAAAAAGCUCUUUAUUUAAAAAAAGGAUAAAUAAUAACAAAAAUGUUUAAAAUAUUCCUGUAGACAAUUGA